UCCCUCGCCAUCUGCUGGAAGCUGGACGAGUGAGGAGAUGUAUUGAACAGGCUGAAUGCGCGUGCAGAGAUGCGCGAGUAUCCGCGAAUUCCCGGCAGCACGGGGCCGCAGUCCGCACAAUAAAGAAAAAAAUUGCCACGGAGUUGGAGGGACGGAGAGGCGGAGAGAGAGAGAGAGAGAAAGAUAGAGAGAGAGUGCACACCGUCCUAAUCCUCCUGGACGCCGAAGAGGCAGACUCGAUUAAUAGUCACGGUCGCGAGAAGAGAAACGACGUCGUCCUCGUGCGCUCGGGAUGAGACGGCCACCGUUGUUACUUUAAGCGGAGCAUCCGGAACGGAGAGCAUCCACACCGUUCAAUGGGCCACACCGCGUCCGCCGAUUAUCGUCCCGAGUGAAACACGUUUUCUCAAUUUGUGACGCCGACGUUUAUAAUAUAAAUCGUAAUAAACCCCUCCCUCAACGCUUCUUCCAUCCGUUGUUCCUCGUCGAGUCGAGGCGAGGCGAGGCGAGGCGAGGCGAGGCGAGGCGAGACGCCACCUCUGUUCGCGCGUGAGUCGAGUUCGUUUCGGUGGAUCGGGAGCAGCGGCGGCGGCAGCAGCAGUGGCAAGAGGCUAGCUAGGAAGCUAGCUAGGAGAGAGACGUUGGAUGAGAACAAUGAGACCGGGCGGGAUCCUUCUGUUGCACCUACUUCUUCUGUGCGUAUUUUUCCUCGCCUCCGAGGCGAGGCUCGGUCAACAGGCAGCCGACGACGACGACGACGACGACGACGAUGACUGGGACGACGAGGACGACGAGGACGACGAAACGGACGAGCAGAGUUAUCAGUCGAAGCCCGAGGUGGACGACGACGGUCGCAUAUACAAGAACCCGAGGAACUCGCCGUCGGCUGUUUGCCCCAGGGACGAGGGCCAGGCGGAUCUGUUGGGUCAGAAGUGUCUUCGAAAGUGUUCAACGGACGAGGAUUGCAAGAGCAAGAAGAAGAAAUGCAGAUGCGACGGGAUUUGCGGGAUGUCUUGCAUCAAGCCCGAGAGAGAGUGUCCGGUGCUGAGCGACAUCCAGCACGGUGUAAUGACGAUGACGGGGAAGUUGUUCGGCGAUCGGGCGCAUUACACCUGCGAUCCUGAUUACUACACCGUCGGCCUGACCGAGAGAACGUGCAGGGGCGACGGUAAAUGGACGGGAACGACGCCUUCCUGCAAGAAGGACGCGAGCUCGUUUUGCUCUCAACCGCCCAAAGUGAAAAACGCGCGACACAACGCGCCCGCCGAGCAGACCACCUUUGAUCUGGGCAGCGACGUUCAAUAUUCCUGCGAUCACAGGUAUACGACUACCGGGAUCAGGAAGGCCAAGUGUUUGAUGAUGGACAGCGUUGCUAGCUGGUUCGGGCCUGAUAUCACAUGCGAGCCGAAAGUCUGUGGACCUCCCGCGGAUAUCGCCAACGGAUGGCACGCCGGUGAAUGUUACACGUACGACUGCCGGGUGUCGUAUCACUGCGCGGACGGCUACGAAUUGGUUGGCAAAGCGGAAAAAUUGUGUUUGGAGGAUGGCACAUGGACCCCCAAAGAAUCUCCUCAAUGCGUCCAAGUUACAACGGUGCAAUGCCCGAAACCGGAGAAUCCAGUGAACGGGAACGCGGUGUACACCUCGUAUGCAUACAAUUCGAUCGUGUCGUACGAGUGCAAGUACGGAUACACGGUGAUCGGCGCAACGACCAGACGUUGCGGGGCAGAUAGAAAAUGGACCGGAAAGACACCUACCUGCCAGGAGAUUAAUUGUGGUUCACCUGGUGUCCUGUACAACGGUUGGAUCGAGAAUAUCGAGGCGGGUACCGGCCUUGGUGCGAGCAUAAUUUUCCGGUGCAACGAUCACAUGAAACUCGAGGGAAAUACCUCGUCUGUCUGUCAGAUCGACGGAAAAUGGCGUUACCCGGUGCCUCAGUGUCUCGCCCCGUGCGUGGUCCCGCAGAUAGAGAACGGCAACAUCACGGUGGCGAGCCACGACAGGGACCACAUCAACAACGUGACCGUGGUCGAGCAUGGCGAGAGAUUGCUGGUCUCGUGCGAGGAGAAUUACGAAUUCGCGGCGAACAGCACGCCGGUGGUUUGCAAUAAUGGCACGUGGUCCAUUGUUCCGAGUUGCUCGCCGGCCAGGUGCAAGCAGCUGCCUAGAUCGCCGAAAAACGGGAUGGUGAUAGCGCCCAAGACCGAUCACGGGAUGAAGGCUGUGUUUAAAUGCAAGGACGGGUUCGAGAUAGUCGGUGGUGGGCCGUUGAACGCCUCGUUUUCGGUCGAGUGCCAAUACGGCAACUGGAUCGGAGACAUUCCCCAUUGCAACCAAGUGUACUGCCCUUUUCCCGGUUUCAUCGAGAACGGGAAGGUGUUCUUGAUGGGCAACAUGGGUGUCUACGAUUACAGGCCCUACGUGAGGAAGGUUGUGAACAACAAGCAAAUUAUGUACGACUGCGACAAAGGUUACGUGUUGGACGACGGGCCCACUGGGGCAACUUGCAUCGGGGGCAGCUGGCAUCCCAAAGAGUUGCCCAAGUGCAUCCCUGGACAACAUCCCAGGCUCAGAUGGAGCAGGCGUAGGAGGUCUGUGAACGAGGAGGAUCUCACCAUGAAUUACAGAAAAUUUAUCGAGUUCUUCCGCAAGAUCGGGAAGAAGUUGCUGCAUCUGGAGAUGAACAAGGGCAAGGAGCACAACUCGAAGCACAAACUCGAAUCGAAGAAUUCGAACUCGAGCCGUCACGACAACACCACGGAAGCCCCGUCGUGGAAGAAGCAUUCGGGCCAUGGGAACAGGUCGCGUCUCCGCGAGGAGAAGAUGAUCGACUUCCUGAAGAUCGUUUACCGUAAACUGCAACGAAUCGACGCGAGGCAAUCCAACAAUUCCACGAACGGGAGCAUGCACGAUCUCCUGAACGCCAUGAGCAAGAACUUCUUCCACGUGGAUCUGUCCGAAUCUAGGCGAAACAAUUCCGGCAGAGGUCGUUCGGACUUCGAAAUACGAAAUCAAAGGGAAUUCAUCAAACUGAAGAGGGAGUUCGAGAGAAUAAUGCGGUUCUACAACAAGUCGAUGCGUUGGAACGAGAAGCAGAAUCGGAAAGAUUCGAAGAAGAAGGGCCAGUCUCACGGGGAGAAGGGGAAGAAAUCGAAAGACAAGAAGAAACACCGUAAGAAUUAUUACAAAGGAUUCUACGAGUUCGUGAACAGUUACGUGACCGAGAAGUUGUCCAUGCUAGAGAAUCGAAACGCCACCGAGGAGUUGAUGAGAAACAUGAAGAUCGACAAGUUCACGGUACGUAACGGAACAACGUUCACAGUGGGCGAGAUGUACGCCUUCUUCAAACAUAUCAUAGAAGCCAAAUUGAACGACACGACGGAAGAUGCGACGGAAGUAUCGACAACCGUGUCUUCCACGUCCACGGGCGCAACCUCCACCGCCAUUCCUGGCGGUAACAGCAGCAGCGGUGGCACAGUGGCGCCACCUAGCAGCGCGUGGACGAGCAGCAGCACGACCGCGACGCCGGUGACGGUGGGGAAGGAGAUCGAGUCGCGGAAUAAUCGAUCUUCCGCGAUGCCUCGCAACGAGUCCUCGGUGCUGGACAACGAGAUCCCUGCCAAAGAAGGAAUGCCAAAGCACCGCAGCAAGCGAAUACGAAACGCAUCGGAGGACAGUGGUCCUCCCCGUCAGAAGAGGAGGCUGUUGUCCCUGAACGACGUGCAGGUGGCCAACAAGGGGAACACCGACGACCUUGUCGGCUCGUCGCCGAGGAGGAGCGGGAGGAAGAGGAUCUCGAAGAGGUCCAGUGCCUACGACGACGAGAGGAGCAGAUUGUUCACGUUCAAGGAGUUGGAGGCCCAACAGCAGAGCCGCUCGAAACGAUUCCUGCCACCGUCCGAGCUCGAUAAUCAAAUUUUUUUAAAGAACUUAUAUCUCCACGCUUACGAGGACGAGUAUCGGGCGAACGUGAAACGCUCGAUCGUCCACGCGAAUCGUACGAACGAGAAGCAGGAGCCGGCCGUCUACAGGAGGCGCAAGGGUAACCUGGACGCGUACGAGAUCAAGUGAGACGCGUACGGUUUUCAUUAUUGUGUUGUGAUAAUAUUUGGCGGGAAAUUUACUGAGGUCAUUAAUAACGAUAUCAAUCGAUUUUUAGGCGAGUAUACAUCAUAUACGAUAGGAUUAUAAUCGUUGUCCCUCGUCGAUGCGCAUUGUAAGACGUGUAUCGCGCUUUUUUCAAUGAAUCAAUCUUUUUCCAUUUGCCAAGUCUCGGUGUGUGACCCGACUCUACGGAUCGGGUUCGAUCAUUAUUCGACACUUAUUCGCCGCGAUGUGAGCUGAUAGAAAGUGUUUUCUUUCUUUCUUUUUUUAUAAGCAAUGUUGUUUAAGUAUUGUUUCAUUUUUGAUUUCUUUGUUUUUCUUUUUUUUUUUUUGUCUGAUGUGAUCGUUGAUGGUUAAAUGGACGAUUACUGAUGAUGUCUUUUUGUAUAUUUGACGUGAAAAGUAGCGCAGCAUGUAGCGAAAAGAAUUCCCCCCGAGCAGCUUUGAAAACUUCGUUGAAAAGAAGUGGAUUGAAAGUUUGGGUUUUUUUUAAUGUCGGCGAUAUUUAAAAAGACUGAUCAACUUUGAAUUUUUAAUUCGUCAGGCAUUCUUCCUUCGGCCCGUAAUAUGAAAUGAAUUUUGAAUUUUUGAGGAGAGAGAUUGUUAACGAAAAAUUUCAUUACUUUCAUUGAUCUGUGAUAAUUCUUCUUUUGGCGAGCUCAAUCAAAACACGUUCGAAGAAUGAAAAAGAGAGAGGAAAUAAUCAAAACGAGACGACGGAUUUCAGCUGCGAGGGGUGAAAAUAUAUUUUAGAUAUAAAGCAGUCGCUGGAUAUAGAUAAUCGGCAGCGCGAGACGUUUAUUUUCGAAGUAGUUGAACAGCUCGCAUCGCAAAAAGUAUUUUAAACUCUUCGAGAAAUUCGUAUUAGUAGAAGGAUAUGUUAAACGUAUUUUAAGUAUAUCGUGGAAAACGCAUUUGAAACAAAGAUGAAAAUAACGAUUAAAAUAAGAAAUAAAUAAAUAAGAAAAAGAAGAAGAAGAAGAAGAAGAAGAAGAAAAGAAAAAAAAGAAAGAGAAGGAAACGAGUCAAGAAAAUGGAACACGUUUUUGGAACUCGAUCAAAACGAUCUUCCGUUAUAUAAUCGAUUAAGUUUUCACGAACCGCGAGGCUGUGUUUGUUAAACUAUUAAUAUCGAUUUAAAAAAAUAGGUUUUUUAACUGUUAUUAUCGGAAAGCAUUGUGUGUGUAACGUUGUAUAUAAUACAUUCACGUUGAUUUCACGUAUUUCUCCUCCUCGGUUUCAUACCAAAACGAUAAAAAUAUAUUAUAACGUAUACACGGUCGUAUCAAUACACCCGUCCUCGUCUCUUCGUAAUUAACUUUUACUUACGAACGUUUCAAAUCAACCAAGUACACACAUUCGAACCAUUUGUAUCGAUCGAUCGAUCGAAUUUUGUCACAUGUACACACACCCAUACACAUAUUGCGAAUCAAACUUAUACACGACACAUAUUAUACAUACAGACACACAUACACACACACACACACAUUCGUGCAUUUUUAUGAAUGACAAGCCAUGAACAAGUAUCAUUAGUGAAUAAUAAGUAUUAUGAUACGAACAAUA